UGUCAGGAAGCAAGCUGAUUGGCCGAGGCCUAGCAAAGAGUGCCCGGGGAUCCAAAACUGCAGGCCGCACUUAGCUUACCGUCAAAAAUAAACCAAAACAAUAACAGACAAAACAGAGGAGGGGGACAAACACGGAUAGACACAGGCGACGGCGUUAUCAGGGGGAUUGAUUAGUUUGAUGGAAGAAAGCCCAUCAGAUACUCUCUCGGUUUUAAUCUAAAGGUUUUCCCAUCAAAUGUAAAGUUUUUUCUGAGUAAAGACAUGGAUCAAGGAGGAGGGGUGUUGGAGCUCCACGCUCAGGAGCUAAAGAUGCCCCACGCUAUGAUCAUGCAAGAUUUUGUUACAACCAUGGGGGGUCUGGCUCACAUUGAUGGGGAGCACAUUGUGGUGUCGGUUCCUGAGGGCAUGCUUCUCUCUGACGUGAUGACCGACGAGGGCAUCCUCUUGGAACAUGGACUUGAAGUAGAAGGCUUGGAGACUCAAGUGGUUCAUGGCCUGGAGACAGAGGUGGUCGAAGGCCUGGAGACUGAAGUGGUAGAAAGCUUGCAUGCAGAUGUAGAUGGCUUGGAGGCAGAAGUAGUUGACGGGCUUCAGACACAGGUGGUAGAGCUGGAGGCUCAGGUUGUAGAAGGCUUGGAGGGUGAAGUGGAAGUGGAGGGUCUGGAGGCCCAAGUGGUUGAAAGCUUGGAAACUGAGGUAGACGUUGAGGACCUGGAAGCUCAUGUUGUUGAGGGCCUUGAGGAAGAGGUGGAAGUAGAAGGUUUAGAAGCUGAGGUUGUCGAAGGUUUGGAGGUAGAUGUGGAAAGUCUUCAGGCUCAAGGAGUAGAGGCCCAUGAAAUCAGUAGUGAACAUAUGGUGUCCUCAGAACACAGUGUAAUCAUGCCUGAAAACAUCCUGGGGACAGAGGUUGCAAUAGAAGAAGCACUAGACUCGCAUCAUCACCAUGUCCUAACGUCAGACCUCAUCCAGGACCCAAAUCACCACCACGAUGACAUACCAGACCAGGUGUUCGUGGCAGAACUGCUCUCUGAGCACCAGGACAACACCCUGGAUCACCAGCUUGUGUCAGAAGGUUUGAUGGUGACAGAGGAAAACUCUGAGACAAUUAUCCACGAACAGAUGCCAACUGAGGCUGGUCCCCUGCAGACUGAUGAGGAUGAUGAUGGAAGGAGCAGCUCUGAGGAUUACCUCAUGAUUUCCUUGGAGGACGUGGGAGAGAAGUUAGACAUUGGAGACACUCCUCUUGAGAUCAGCACCGAGGUAAUGGAAGACAAAGAAUGCAAAGAAGAGGAUGGCUCUGAGGUCAUCAAAGUGUACAUCUUUAAGGCAGAAGCAGAUGAUGAUUUAGGUGGAACAGAGGUAAUAACAGAGGACGAUUACCAGAAUGGCCAUCCUGAUCUGGAAGCUGCGUCAUCAGGCAGACUGGGAGUUGGUCGUGACAAGAUGGUCUACAUGGUUAAGAACCAUGCUAAAGAAGAAGAUGAUGAUGACGAUGAGAGUGAUGAUGAUGACGACGAUGACAUCGGUAAUACCAUUGAUCAGGUGAAAAAUGGAACAGCUACACCAUUUCUGCAAAUCCGAGAGGGGGUUGGUGCCAACCGGGCUCUAAAACCCAAACCCAAGAAAAAGAAGAAAGGAGAGACACGACAGUGUCAGACUGCUGUUAUUAUUGGACCAGAUGGCAUGCCUUUGACAGUCUACCCCUGUCACAUCUGUGGAAAGAAGUUUCGCUCCAGAGGCUUCCUCAAAUGCCACAUGAAGAAUCAUCCUGAUCAUCUGCUGAAGAAGAAGUACCAGUGUACAGACUGUGACUUUACCACUAACAAGAAAAUUAGUUUCCACAACCAUUUGGAGAGUCACAAGCUGCUUAGCCACAACAGUGAGCGCUCUCCUGAAUAUACGGAGUACACAAGGCGAUACCAUGAGUCCAGCCCUCUGGGCUCAGACAAGUUAAUUGUCAAGGACCGGGAACCCAAACUGCAUCACUGCAAGUACUGCGACUAUGAGACAGCUGAACAGGGCCUGCUCAACCGUCACCUACUGGCUGUGCACAGUAAGAACUUUGCACAUGUAUGUGUGGAGUGUGCCAAAGGCUUCCGCCACCCGUCAGAGCUGAAGAAACAUAUGCGAACCCACACAGGUGAGAAGCCCUACAACUGCCCGCACUGCGAAUUCCGUUGUGCAGAUCAGUCGAACCUUAAGACUCAUAUCAAGAGCAAGCAUGGAGCCGAUCUGCCUUUCAAGUGCAGCCACUGUCCCCAAGCCUAUGCCGAUGCACGGGAACUCCAACGUCAUAUAGAAAUGGUGCAAGGCCACAAAACCCAUCAGUGCCCACACUGUGAGCACAAGAGCACCAACUCCAGUGACCUGAAACGGCACAUUAUUUCGGUUCAUACUAAGGACUUUCCUCAUCAGUGUGACGUGUGUGAGAAAGGCUUUCACAGGCCCUCAGAGUUGAAGAAACACGCAGAGACGCACAAGGGCAACAAGUUGCAUCAGUGUCGACAUUGUAACUUCAAUGCUCCCGAUACCUUCACUCUGAGUCGCCAUAUCCUAUCAUUACACACGAAGGACCUCCCCUUCAAGUGCAAGCGAUGCCGGCGAGGUUUCCGGCAGCCUGCUGAGCUGAAGAAGCACAUGAAGACGCACAGCGGUAGAAAAGUCUAUCAGUGCCAGUAUUGUGAGUAUAACAGUACGGACGCUUCUGGUUUCAAACGUCAUGUGAUCUCCAUUCACACCAAGGACUAUCCACAUCGCUGCGACUACUGCACCAAGGGCUUUAGACGGCCAUCGGAGAAGAGCCAGCACAUAGCCAGGCAUCACAAAGACAUGUUGAUGUAGUGUUACUGCACACCCCAACACACUCCUCUCUCCCGAGUAAAUCUGUGUCACGCACCCAGAGGUAAUUUUAGUGUAUUAACAACAAAUUGAUGGAUGUAGGCUGUUGAUAAAGGCAAAAUUAUAAUUGCCAUUUUGUGUUCUGUGUUGUAAUGGGUGUAAACCUCCUCCCCCAGGAAUAACAAGAGAACACAUUUUAGAUGGGGGUUAAAUCUAAAAAGGACAGCGUGUAGACUGAGUGGGACAGCUGUAAAUUGUUUUUUUUUUGUUGCAGAAAAUCACAUAUGAACAUAUAUUCAGGGUUUCAAAUGUCUAUAUUUUUAUACCCACUCAGCUGAAAUGCUGUAAGAUGAUGACUGUGUCCUGUAAAACAGAAAGCAGUGCUUUGUGAACGUCAAGUCCGUUUUCCAGAUGUUUAGAGUCGUACCAACUUGCAUCUGUUUUCCUCCAGCUUUACCCUGACAUUUGUUUUUAGUGUCAUCUGAACAUGAAGGGUUAGGGUCAUUCAUAAAUGGCUUCAAGUGGCAUUGAUACACAUUAUGCACCGUCAAAGAAAUAAUUCAUUAAACCAAACCUUUAAAGUUCCAUCAUUUUGGAUUUUCCUCCCCAGACAGAACACAUGCAGUUCGUACAUAGCAGCUUACACGCUUUUAAAGAUGUUAAAAGUUGAAUCAGAAAUGUUCAGGUCUGAUUAGCAGUGUUCAGUGCAGAAGAGACAGGUGUAACUGAUAUGAAAGGAGAUCCCUUUAGUCUAACUACACCUUUGUGACACAGCUAUAAUAUUUGCUACAUUGGUGCAGUAACAGUGGUUUAUUACUAUGACUGUGACGGGUGGUUGACUUCACAUUUGAUAAUUUGACGGCCACUGUAGUUGCGCACGUGUUAUGUUAUCAAUGACACAAAUGUUCUCUCAGCUGACUAUUUGAUUGCAAUCAUGCCUUACAUCUGUUGGUCUUCAUCCCUUAAGCACUCAUGAACACAGCUAAUCAAAAAAAAGAAGUGAUUUUUAACUCUCAAACAUGCUGUAUCAAUACCAUUCUCUCAGAGAUUGUGUGUUUGAGUCAGUAGAAAGCACUUUAAUAUGUUCUCUUUUUUUGUAUUUUAAAUAAUUACAUGUAUGGGUGUGUGUAUGUGUUACACACGCGCUAGGUAUAAAUAACUUUGUGAAUGAGUAAAGUUGAAGAUUGUUUUGAGUGUUAUCUUUAACAAGUGGGCACCAUCCAUGGCUGCAUCAAAACUGAACUGUCAUUCAAAGUGGUGGGUGAAUCCAUUUAUUGUUUUGUUCUAUGGAUAAGUGAUCAGGUUUUGUGCUCACUAACAACUUUCCCAAACCUUAGUCCUGCAAUCCUAAAUAACCCAACCCAAUCCCAAGCACGGGGUUGUUCUCCCUAAAGUCGGUGGUCAUCAUAUUGGCAUUAGUCUUUAAAGUAUGCACAUAUACUGUCUUCAUGAAGUUAAUUGUGGUAUAUAUUAAAAUCCCUGCAUUUCGUGUAACUUAGUCUAUAUUUUCUUUCAGUCAGAUUGUGGAUAAACUACUGGUGGGGAAGAACCAAAAUAAACAAUUAUCUUUUUA